AUGCUGAAAGGCGACGCCGAUAGUCCCGCUUUUCAUGUUGUGGCUCCAUCACUGCCCAAUUUCGGCUUCUCCUCAGGAGUGACUCGUCGUGGAUUUGGCCUCGCACAGUAUGCCGAAGUCCUGCACAAGCUUAUGACCAAGCUAGGCUAUGAUCAGUAUGUGACCCAGGGCGGAGAUUGGGGAUUUUUAAUUAGUAGAAAAAUCGGUCUACUAUACCCCGAGCAUUGCCAAGCCUCUCAUAUCAACAUGGUGCAAGCCAAACCCCCUCGAUUCACCGAUAACCCAUGGGCAGCCCUGCAACACGCAUUAGUACCAUACAAUGCCCGAGAGAAAGCAGGCCGGGAAAGGAGCGAAGGGUUCAUGCGAGAAGGCUACGGUUACAACCUGCUCCAAAGCACAAGGCCCCAGACCAUUGGCGUAGCACUAGAAGAUAGCCCUGUUGCUCUGUUAGCCUGGAUUUACGAGAAGCUGCACGAAUGGACAGACUCAUAUCCCUGGACUGACGAGGAGAUUUUAACGUGGGUAUCUAUCUACUGGUUCUCUGCAGCUGGACCUGCGGCUAGUGUUCGCAUCUACUAUGAGGCUUUUCACGCUGAGGGGGCAAAUGGAAAAUCCUGCAAAGACUUGAUUCCAUAUGUCCCGCGCGUAAAGCUAGGAAUUGCGCACCUCCCUCGUGAAAUUAUCGUUGUUCCUUGCUCUUGGGCUGCUGGUUUGGGGCCGGUUGUUCAACAGACUGAGCAUCCAUAUGGAGGUCACUUUGCCGCUUGGGAGGUUCCAGAAUGUAUUGUCCAGGACUUGCAGGCCAUGUUUAGCAAGGGUGGACCUUGUUAUGCAAUUGUCCGAGGCAAAAACGGAUACUAA